AUGACACAUGAAGUAUGUACCGUCCUCGGUCCCGAUUCCACACUCCAGGACCUCCGGAUGAAGAGGGUUCCUGUUCGGCAGCAGCACGAGGCGUGUUCCACGCUUCUGCCCCGGAAACAACAUCCCAAGCUUGCAAACGCCCCGAAAUCCGAUCGCCGAGAUAGCGUCAUACCUCACUCCACUCGCGCCAAAUGUGAGUCGAUACUUUUCCGCGUGGGUCUCACAUGGGACAGGCGGCACAACUCGGUUCCUCUUACCGAUCGUGUGCCGCCUGGUGGAAAUCUCCAAGCCGGUCGAUUGGGAAGCGUCCGGCGAUACGACGAGAUUUGCGAACUUACGCCUGUAUCAGUGUCGGCGUCAGGCACCGACUUUGUCCCUGGUCUGGAUUCUCUGGAAUGA